AUGUUUGACGCCGCCUCUGAAUUUAAUGGUGAAGUUGCAACGGUAUUUUCCAAUGAAGGGACCGAUUGGACCUUCAUUCCACCAAACACGCCUCAUUGUGGUGGAUUGUGGGAGGCUGAAGUGAACUCAGCCAAGCAUUACUUGAAACGAACGAUAGGAGAACAUAAUCUCACAUUUGAGGAACUUUCCACAGUACUAGUGGAAAUUCAGGCCUGUCUAAGCUCUCGCCCCUUGUAUCCCCUCACCAACGAACUAGACGACUUGCCUGUGCUGACACCAGCUCACUUACUGCUUGGAAGCUCGAUGGGCCUGCUGCCUCAUGCAGGCAUCCCUGAUGUGCCCAAAAAUCGUCUAUCACGAUUUCAAUUGCUACAGUGCAUUCGAGACAACUUUUGGAACGUUGGUCAUCCGAAUAUCUUCACCAUCUACAAGAGAGAAAAAAAUGGCGUAAUCCAUCUGAGAACUUCCCAGUGA